CAAAUUGCGGAUGUACCAGAGUUAUUUGAGAAGAAUCGCAAAAAUAAUAGAUAGUGUAGAACCAGGCAAGAUGAGCAAGCUGAAGCUAGUAAUAUUCCUUGGCAGCGUAAGAGAUGGGCGAAUGGGUGAUCGGGUGUUGAAAUUCGUCCAGGAGAAGCUCGAGAAAGAGAUGUCGAAGAGAUUUGACCCUGUGGAGAUAGUUGACCCGGCAAUUCUUGACCUGCCUCUCCUGAAGAAGCCAAUGCAUUUCUACCAACACGCAUCAGAAGUCCCCAAGAAACUCCAGCAACUCAACGCUAUCGUGGAAAGUGCCGAUGCGUACCUUAUCCUCUCGCCGGAGUACAACCGCUGCGUCCCCCCAGCGUUGUUAAACACCAUGGACCACAUUCCACCCAAAUCGUACAGGUGCAAGCCAUCGGGAAUGGUGCUGUACUCAAUGGGUCCUCAGGGUGGUGCGUUGGCUGGUGUAGCGUUGCGUCCCUUCCUCUCUGAAUUGGGAUGCCUCCCCGUAUCUCAUUUUGUCACCAUUGGAAAAGUCAAUGAGCAGCUAGACGAACAGGGCAACACGGAGAACAAACAUAUACACAGCAGUUUCUCCAAGCUAAUGAACCAGGUGGAGUGGUUUGGAGAAGCUAUGAAGAACCAUCGUAAGGAUAACGCCCCUAAGGAUGAUUUUUAAUUAGUGGAACUAUGCUGCUGUGUGGAAUCGCCAGAGUGCCGCACUGUCCUAUCAGCUAGGCGAUAUAUUGAAUUUUUAAUUGAAAUUUACAUUCAUAUAUACCGCAAAAUCCAAAUUUUGCUUUAAUAAUAAUAUAUAAUAUUGGAGUGCUUAUAUAGCGCUUCUCAGAACGAUUGGUGUUAAAGCGCUACUCCCCAUAAAACUUCCUGAAUAACCAGGUCUUUAACCCAUUUUUGAAUGCUGCAGUGGACUCCUGGGAAGUUAUGUUUUGUGGCAGCUCAUUCCACAAGCGUGCAGCACCGACAGAGAAACACCUGUCACCAUAAUGCUUUAAUGCGGUGUUUCAAAAUAUCGUCUGAAUAGAUGAGUUUUUAGCCCGCACCUGAAAAUAGCAACAGUCUUAGCCUUUUUGAUCUCAAUGCAGAGCUCAUUCCAAAGUCUGGCCGCCUGUACAAGGAAGCUCCUGCCAACGUACGUCUCCAGGCGAUACCUUGGGAUCCUCAGGAGACAUUUGUCUUCGGACCUCAGGGAUCGCCUGGAGUCACAGGAUGGGAGGAGCUCGGAUAUGUAAGCAGGGGCAAGUCCGUUUCUUGCUUUGUAUAUGAGGGGCAUUGUCUUGAACUCUAUACGUUCACGGAUUGGUCGCCAAUGUAGACUUUUCAGCACGGGCGCUGCGUGAUUCUGAACCUUUUGUAGCUUAUCAAGUACAUUUUCAUCGGCACCAACGAGCAGGCUAUUACAAUAAUCCAGUCUGGAUAUGACAGUUGAUUGCACUAGAAGUUUCGUAGCUUCUUGCGUAAGGAGCUUUCGCAUGCGGCCAAUGUUUCGGAUUUGAAAUAUAGCUGUGAAGAAUCUCUGUGUUUCCGAGGGGUCCUUUUUGAUCAGUUGAACAAUCUAGAAUAAAACAUACAGCCUUCACUCACGGACGUGCGUAUGGUCCAUUGAAUCUACUCACGGUGGUAACUUCAGAUGAAUCACAUUCACAUGUGCAUGAAGAUACUAGAACUCAUCAAUCAAUGUAUCGAUCAAGGUCAUCAACCCAAAAUCAGAUGAAACAGCCAAAAAGUACGAACAGUAUUAACUACGACAGUCUUCGACUUCGAUAGGCCGAUCUCUUAUUGACUGGUAUAACGCUUUUGCUUGCUCCUAAUAUUUCAGUGUUUCCAAUAGACGGCCGGAGAGACGAUGACUUUUUAACAAUGGAAAACUGAGAAAACGUAUCAAAUAUGUUUUUCAUCUUUCCCAAUAAAGAGAGCACUCAAAGUGAAAAGUCUCAAAAACGUUAGCUAGAAAUAUUAGUGUGCGGUUACAUGACGGUGAUAUAAUUGCUUUGUACACGUCUUAGAUACACACAUUCAUAGACAGAUGAAUUAAAUUCUAUUGUCAGCUUUAA